AGAAUUAGAAGCUUGCAACGGCUCAACUAAAGCGGGUGUUUUAAAUCCUCAGCGAUAAAUAUCAUAAAUUUAAUUAUAAAAAGUUCGCUAAAAAUCAUAGUAUUUCCUUUGAUCUGUUGGUUAAUCAAUAUUUGUGGUUUUUUACUGUCGUUUUUUUUUUCAUUGAGAAAUAAAAAUUUAAAGUUAAUAUGUUUUCGAGUAGAAAUAUCGCUGGAAUUUGCAUUUUUGCACUUUUCAUUGUUGAAUCGAUGUGCCGACUGCCGUCAUCAAUAAAAGUAUGUUCACGAAACACGCCAAAUCCAAGCGCCUGCAUUUUGGACGCAAUCAGUGACUUACGUCCAAGAUUGGUGACAGGAGAUUUGGGCGAUGGUGUUAAGACGGUAGCCCUUGAACCACUCGGUUUAGAUAAUAUUCAUUUUAAAAGAGGCCCUGAAUUUACAGCCACAUUCAACAAUCUCUUAGUCAACGGUCCAAGUAACUUUGUAGUUUCAAAUCUGAAAAGUGACAUUCCAAACCUGAAAUUCAAUUUUACUGUGACUUUGCCAAAAUUGACUUUUACCGGCAAAUAUUCGUUGAAAAUGCGCUUGCUCUUGCUGAACAUUCAAGGACGUGGUCCAAUCAGUGGUGUUUUGGAUAAUACUCGUGCAAAUGUCUGUAUUUUGGGAAAGAGAAUUCCUGGUGCAAACGGUGUCGAUUAUGUUAAAUUCGGAAAUUUAAGCAUUAAAGUGUCGGUUGGUGGUGCCAAAUUCCGUUUGGAAAAUCUAUUUAACGGUGAUCGUACACUUGGCGAAAUCGGAAACACUGUUAUCAAUGAGAAUGCACAACUCUUUAUAGAAGAAUUGAUUCCUGGUUUCGAAAAAAGUCUAUCGAAAACAUUCCUCGAAAUUGCAAAUGACAUUUUAACCGAAGUAACAUAUGACGAAAUGUUUCCCGAUGUUUAAAUAAGAUCUCCGUAUGUAGCUGUGUUGAAAUCCGUUAGCCUUGGGAAAAUGUGUAAUUGAAUUACAGUAAUUUAAGAUCAAUAGCAUGAAUAUAUAGUGAAAUUUCAUCUGAUAAGGUCUAUAAGCUUUAGUUUUAUAAGGUUUUUUAUGGCUAUUAUAUGUUUAUUAUUACGAAUAAAUUAUAAGUGCACCAGUAUUAGUGAUUAGUAGGUUGUGCAAAUUACAUUUUAAUUUUGUGAAAAUGUUUGCUGCAUACGACUGUAUAUAUCGACGUGCAUGUGCGAGAUGUAUACUUUACUUGUUAAUAACAUUGUAUAAGUUUAAGAUUAUAACAUAUGAUUGUUGACGGAAAUGAGUAAUAAAAAAUGUUCAGAAAUAUUCGAAA